UGGCGGACGCGCUAACGUGUCUUUUCUACGGGGCGAGGAAGCCGAAGCGUACUUAUCAGUACUUAUCAGGCUGAAACAGGAAGAGGUAAAACAGGAAGACAAACUUUACUCUAUGAAGAAACUCCUCCUCAGUUAGCGUUUUGGCUAUUUACUGAAUUGAAAGAUGACUUUACAGUGGACUGCUGUGGCGCUCUUUCUCUAUGUAGAGAUUGUCGUCAUUCUCAUCCUCUGCAUACCUUUCAUUCCAGCCAGAAGAUGGCAGAGUAUUUUCCAGCUAAGAAUUUGGAGCUGGAUGGCGAGAUUCUGGAACAAAGUUUUCCUCACCAUGAUCAUAGUCCUUAUUGUUCUCUUUCUUGAUGCCGUACGAGAGGUCAGAAAAUACUCAAGUAAAGAAAUUGGCACAGAUGCUAAAGUGCAACCAAACAUGUUUGACCACCUUCACAUGAAGCUCUUCCGGGCUCAAAGGAACCUCUACAUCUCUGGUUUCGCAGUCUUCCUCUGGCUGGUUAUGAAGCGAGUGAUCACUUUAAUUAAUCAGUUGGCGGCCGUGUCGGGGACCACAGCUGCUCUGCAAAUGCAGGCUGAUGAUGCUAAUAAAGCAGUGGAGAAGUACACAAAGGACAAUGAGCUGCUGAAAAGGACCCUGAUGGAAGGAGUGGGCGAUAAGGCCACAGCAGAGGGCAUGGAGCUGUUGAGGACGGAAGUGGGCAAGCUGAAAGACGAGCUGAAGUCCUCUGAAAACGCCUUGGAAAAGUCUCAGGCAGAGGCAGAUGGGACUAAGAAGCAGAUGGAGGGACUUGCCCGGGAGUACGAGAGACUGCUGAAGGAACAUCAGGUAAUCCUAAACUUCAGAAUCUUCAUGACAAUGUGAACAAGAAGGACGACUAGUGGUGAUGACUCAACUUUCCCAAAUCAGCAAGAAAGCCACUGCAAAAUGUCACAUCCAUCUGAUAAAGCUGAGGAACAGACUUUGGACUGACAGUUGUGAUGGUUUAAAAUUUGGUGAAUAUCUGUUUUUGUAGUUAAAUUGUGCUCACUUUGUGUUUCCACUCGCUGUAGCGUAACUGAGAGAAUUUCUGAAAGCAAUCAGCAAAACACUUUAUGCGGGUUAAGGCGAUUAUUCGAUCACAGAGCGUGUCACAAGCUAAGUUAAGAUGCGUGCUUUCUCGUGCAAGCUGUUGAUUCCUAGUCCUUUAAAAUAAAAAAUGAGUAUGCUGAAUGUGCUGAAAGCUGAAGAUGUUCAAAGCUGCAUUCAAAGGUUGUAAAAAAAAAAGAAUGCUUUUGUUUCAAACACGUUUUUAUAUUACGAUUGCAUGACGCAUCUCCGUGUUAACGUAAAGCAUGCACAUGCUUCUUCGUAGGUGAAGCUUAAAUGUAGACUUCGACUUACAUGAGUCAUCUUUACAUUUACGAUGUUCUCUCUCAUACGGUCGUAAUUCUUCCAUGUACUAGGAUGUAAAAACACACCAUCCUUCUUAACUUUCACACGUUAACGACAAAUAAAGAGUCUGAAUGGAUACGACUAGAAAGUCAAAAUAGAUUUGUGUUUUUUUUUUUUUUAAAUGUAUUUCUUACCCUAAUGGGUUCCUAGACUUCUAUAGUUGUUGCACUGCAUUUCACACUUAUGGUUUACAAAAUAGGAAUGUAUGAUUAUUUCAUUGAGCAUCUUUUCCGUUAUUUUGGUUCAUGUCACUGUGAUUCUUUGUUCUUCGUACUAAAGAAGUUAAGGUAGGGAAUCGCAGCACGGUUUGUACGACCUUAUUCAGGUUGUUUUCUUUUGUACAAAGACAUUCAAUUGAAGUGCCUUUUUUUUUUUUUUAGCUGUGCUUUAAUAAA